AUGUUAGAAAAAAAGUUUGCUGACAUUGACAAGAAAUUUGAGAAUGUUUUAAACAAGAACAAGAGGAAGUUAGAAAAUGCUCAGAUAAAACCCAUACAUGACAAGUUCCUAUUUGCUCAAAAUGGUAUAACAGGUCUAAUUGCACCACCUGGGUCGGGUAAGACUUUCACUUAUCUUAAAAUGGCUGCACAACAACAAGAACUAGAUGAGAAGAACCCAUUCUAUGAGUUAGUUGUUAUUUGUUCGACAUCUGGUCAAUUUGACCAAACCGUCAAUUCGUUCAAAGAUAUUAUAAAGAAGUCUAAGUUAGUAUGUAUAAAAGACUCUGAGUUGUUAGAUUGGAUAAAGAAGUACCAAAGAAGAGUUUUGAAGUACAAUGCUAUAAAUGAGUAUAUAAAUUCGAAGUUUAAAGACCCAAAUGAGGAAAUGCAGAGAAUAUUAGAGAAGAAACACUUCAGAAACAAACAGAAAGAGAUAGAAUACAUUUCGAAGAAAUUGCAAUCUUACGAUUGGAAGACUUACCCUCAUAGAUGUCUUCUUAUCUUAGAUGA